AUGGUCCUCCAGUCUCUUGGCACGGCCCAGCACGCGCUGGACGCCGCCCUCUCUGCGCUCCAGAGCGCUUCGUCCAUUGACAUUGCAGUCGUCAACGCGUCCUUGGCCAAGCUAGAGGCCACGCUUUCGGCCCUCCGAAUGGCCGCCGCGGCGCCGGCGCCAACGCGCGAGGUCGGCUACGGCACCUUGACACGAGCACCGAAUGCGACGGACGACCAAGUGCCCGACUCGCAGCCGUCGAUCUGGUCUGGCUUUUACAACAAGACGCUGCGGGAGCGCUACGACGUGCUCUCGCUCAUGUACCCGUCGGCGCUGCCGUCGCACACGCGCCGUGGCAGCGACGUCGACCAAAUGGGCUCGCCCAAGCUUCGUCCGCGCAAGACGAGCAUCGGACAUGUCCCGAGCAUGGCGCUCGAGGAGAUCGGCGCGCUGCCGUCGCGGACAGCCAACCUCAUGAUUGAAAACUGCAUCGGCGUCCUCGGCAUCCCGCUCGGCCUCUCGGUGCCCAUGGCCGUCGAAGAGCCGUCCGUCGUCGCGGCCGCGUCCAGCGCCGCCAAGCUCAUUGCGGCCUACGGUGGCGGCUUCCACACCGAGACGUCGGGCAACAUCAUGACGUCGCAGAUCCAGCUGCUCGACACCGUCGAUAUCCCUGCAGCGAAGGCAGCGAUUGCCGCGCACCGCGACUACCUUGUCGAGUAUGCCAACACCAACUUGUGCGCCAACAUGAAGCGCCGCGGCGGUGGCGUGCUCCACGUGUAUGCGCGCGAGACCGCGCCGCUCGCGCCGUCGACGGCGCCGGGCUGGUACGCCGGCUACGACGACGAGCUCGUCGUGCGUCCGAGCGGUGACGCGCCGACGCUUGUCGUGCACAUUGACGUGGAUGUGUGCGAGGCCAUGGGCGCCAACAUCGUCAACACGAUCGCCGAAGGGCUCUCGGCCGAGGUUGCGCGGAUUACGCAAUCCCGCGCCGGUCUGCGCAUCCUCACGAACCUCUGCGUGGCGCGGCGCGCGCGGUCGUCGUUCUCGCUGCCGAUUGCGUCCUUGGGCUGGAAAGGCGCCGCGGGCAUGACGGUCGCGAGCCGCAUCGUCGAAGCCAACGACUUUGCGAUCAACGAUCCGUUCCGCGCGGUCACCAACAACAAGGGCAUUCUCAACGGCAUUGACGCGGCCGCCGUCGCGACGGGCCAGGACUGGCGCGCGAUUGAGGCCGCCGCGCACUGCUACGCGUCUCGCCACGGCCAGUACACGAGUUUGACCAAGUACGCGAUCCAAGGCGACAAGCUUGUCGGGACGCUCGAGCUGCCUAUGUCGGUCGGCUCGAAGGGUGGCGCGCUUCAGACGCAUCCGGGGUACGCGGCGACGCAUGCGAUUCUCGGCCGGCCCUCGGCGCAAGCGCUCGCGGGUAUCCUCGUCAGCGUUGGCCUGGCCCAAAACUUUGCCGCCGUUCGCGCCCUCGCCAUCACGGGCAUCAACCAGGGGCACAUGGCUCUGCACGCGCGCAACAUUGCCGUCGCAGCCGGCGCGCCCAACGAACUCGUGACCGAGCUCUGCGCCUACAUGCUCGCGCGUGGCAGCAUCAGCAUCGAGACGGCCAAGGCGUACUUGACGGCCCACGCCGUGUACAAGGACAUUGCGCUCGCCGAGUCGCCGGCCGCACCGCGCCGCCCGAGCAUGUUCUACGUCGAGGUCGACGUCCCUGGCCUGGCCAAGCCCAUUAGCGUCAACCUCGCGUUCAUGUCGCUCUCGGCGCCGCAGACGAUCGUCGUGACCAAGCCGAGUGGCACGACGCCGAUGCAGACGCAGCUGCUCGGCGACAAGGGCUACCUCCAGCUCCAGCGCAUGUUCACGUUCCUCGCGCAGAUGAAGGUCAUCGUCGUCGACGAAGCGUCCGACAAUGCGCGCGCCAACCUCGAGCUCCAGAACAAGCUCCUUCUACUCUCGAUCCUCCUCAACGUCGUGACGUACCAGCUCCAGCGGCAGCACCCGCAGGUCGUGCACGAAUUCAUCUCGAACUUGCUCGCCGCCGACGUCGAAGCGGCGGGGCCGUGGGCUGACGCGCACUUUGCAUCGGCCAAGGACGACCCAUUGCUCAGCACCGGCCUCCCUCUGCUGCUCGCGAUCUGGCAAGUCUUUACAUACCACGUCGAGCAAGAAGUGUCGAGCCCGCUGCUUCAGCAAGAGCUUCUCCAGGAGCAGUGCCAUUUGCUCGACUCGAUCGCGCAUUGGGUGCCACCGCCCGUCGCGUUGGCCAAGGAGGCAGCGUUUGCUGCCUACAUGGAAAAGCAUGCCAAGCGGUGGCAAGCGUCCAUGUUCCUCCUCAUCGACUGUUUGGCGCUGGACCACGCCAAGCUCACGCCGGCCCGCGUCGACUUUGUCAAGCGCGUCGGCCGCUACAUUGAGUGGGAAGGCAUGGUCGCCCACGACAUGGCCCGGUACGAGCGCGCGCUCGCGGCCGCCGACGAGCGCAACGUCUGCGUCUGGUUCAAAACGACCUUUUGCGCGACGACCGACGUGAGCGACGCGCUAUACGUUCCGUGGCCUCUCGGAAGCCCACGCGCAGACGGCGCACACUGCGCUCUUUGCCAACGCGGAUCAAGACACGGCGGCGCUCGUCCACGUCGCAGCGCUCGAUGCGAUCAUGAGCUUCAUUCACGCGCAUUACGACGGGCUUGGCCGCAAGAUGUCGUCUCCAAGACGACCGUCGCAAAAAGACGACCGUCGCAAAUGUGUAGUCGCCGUCGUGGGAAAUCGUCACGUGCGUGUGCUACCAUAAACAUAUAUAUAUAGAAAGACUAGCCGAC